GAAGUAACAGUGAGGUGAGGCUAUAUAAGUGAUCCCUGGUUACUGAAGCAAACUGACAGCUGACGGCUGCCUCAGUGACGUGUUUACUCCAACAGCUGAUCCGGCCUGAGGGUCGUCGCUGCUCCUCAAGUAACAACCUCCUCCUCCAUCAUCUUGUAUGGGCAAACUUGAAGCAUUCAGUUUUCCCGUGCUAUAAAGUUUGGCAGAUGAGACAUCUGCACUGACCUAAAUCAUGUCAUCUGAAAGUGAAGAGGAUUUCCAGUCUGCUGAUGAAGGUUCAGAUUUUGAAGGCUUCGAAUCUCCAGAAUCGGCAAAACAGCUGCCGAAACAAUGUCGCCAACCACUGCCAUCCACUCUAUCCUCCAGCAAUGAAGAAGCAGCAGCAGUGGUUGAAUGCUACAUUCCUCAAUCAUCACUGCCCCCUCAAACUGUUUCACUUUCUAGCGAUGAGGAAAAGACAGGUUGCAGUACCAGUGAUAAAAAAGAUAAUACUGAUAAAUCACCUUCUGAGUUAGAAAACGGUGGUCAGGUAUGUCCAAGUAUCAAAUCGGCAAAUUGUUCUCGAUCAGAGAAAAUCCAACCAGAUGAGGAAAAAAAGCAGACUUUAGACAAGGAAAUAGGAGCAGCUUUAAAUGAGUUGAAUAUUCAUGAUACUGUGUGUGAGAAUUUAAAGAGCACAGAUACACCACCAAAGAAAGAAAUCUCUUCUGCACUUAUCAGAGAUUCACAAAUAAGUAAUCCAGAGUGUGUUAAAUUAGAAAAGGAAAUUUUGUUUUCUGAAAAUAGUGAACUGAUCAAGUGUGCCAAGAGUGAUAGAAUAGAAGGUGAUAUUACAAAGGAAAAUGAAAAAAGUUCCAUUGAUGAGAGAGAGAAUUACAGUAAGAUAAAUUCUUGUGAUAUGCAAGAGUCCAUUACACAUACAGUACAUGCAGAACAUGAUGAGGACAAGAAUACAGAAAAGGAUGUCCAUGUUGAAAAUGUAAAGCAAAGUGAAGUAAAAAAUACAGAAAUUAAUCUGACAAAGAGAGUAGAAGUGACUCAAAUUAAGGAAACGGAAGCAGCAUGCCAAACAAUUGCCAACCAGAGACAGACAGAAGAAAAUCAACCAGAUAUUGAUAAGGGUACUUUUGCUGUACAUUCCAGUCACUGGGAUGGUCGUGCAAAAGAAGAAAAAAAGACUAAUUAUAAGGUGUUGGAUUCAGGAGAAAUCUCGAAACCCAAACCAAUCCGUGAAUCUAAAAUAGGCAUGAAAAAACCUCGUGAAAAGCUUGGGGAACGACUUGGAGCAAGAAAAUUAGGUUCCAGAAUAGAAAAGAAGGCAUUAAAGAACAUCAGUUCAGACAGCAUGAAAAAGAUUGAAGACAGUUCAGAUCAGUUUAAUGAGAGAUCAGACUGUGCCUUAAAUAAAGAGAGAAACGAAGAGAAAAAGGAGUUCAUUAGUGAAGAAAACGAAGAUGAACACAAAAAACGGCAAGAAGUGGAAGAGCAGGAGCAGCUGCUGAGGUGGCAGCUGGUUCAUAAUCAGGGUGGAAAUGCUCAAAACAUACCUUGUGAAGAUGAUGGGGGCUGGGGAGAGUCGUGGGGUGGCUGGGGCACUACGCUUCUCUCUGCUGCCUCCACCUUCACCCGGGAGGUGGGCAAGGGUGUUGGCACUGUCAUGGAGACAGUGGAAGGCACCUUGGGAGUCCCUGAUCCUGAAACUCUUGCUCAGGAGAUUGCAGAACGUGAAAGAAAGUUGAAAAGUGAGCAAGAGCCCUUGAAAAGCAAAGUAGAAGAGGAAAUCCAAGGAGUAGACAAUUCAGAAAGAUUGGAAGAUGCUGGUGUGAACACAGUAAGUACUGGUAGAAACAGCGAGGAAUGCCAGAAGUCAGUAGUAGACUACAGCUUUGGCGGACUCUCCUCUCUUGGAUCUCUCGUGUCUGGUGUCUCGGGGGCACUAGAGACUGCUAGCUCAAAGGUGCUGUUGGGAGGUUUGGAUACCCUGGAAGUUAUUGGAAGAAAGGCAAUGGAUGUUAUCCAAGAUGGAGAUCCUGGGCUACGGAAAAAGAGAGCUCUUCUCUCCAACAGAAAAACCAAUUUAUCCCAAGUCUUGCAAGAGGCACGACAACGAGCUGCUAUCGAGGAAAGUGAACAGCGAGAGGGCAAUGGCGAUGAUUGCAAGAACCUAAAAAAGAUUACUUUUGAUGGUGCAUGGGAAGGUACUGAAGGACCUGUGCAUCUUGAGGCACUGUCAUUGGUUGCCAAGCAGUGUGAAUCCAAGAUGGCUUCCAUGGUGCACAGUCUACCACAUUAUUUAAUAGAAAAGCUUAACUCUGCAAAUACUGAUAUUAAGGAUGCCUGUGAACUGGAAGAGGAUGCCACUUUAGAAGGAGAUUUAAGAGAACUAGUAACGAAUAUUGUGCCACAGAUUGGCCUUCCAAUGCAGUCAGAUAAAAUAAAUAAGGCUUGGUCAUCAUUUGAGGAAACUGCAUCACUUAUCAAAGAUGCUGGAUCAAUUGAUGGCCCAACUACUGAACGGGAACUUUAUGCAGAACUGGCGGUCUUAGUGGGGCAGGUCACAGCUGUGAGCCAUAAAGGAGCAGAGUUGUCACUUACUAAUCCUCAAGCCGAUGUUCUCACACUUGCAGCAUACUUUACUCAACUGAUAAAUAGUGUGUGCGGUGGCAUUGAAAACAUCGCAGACCAGACAUGUGGAGCCAUCACAGCAGGAGCCUCGGCUGCUGAUGCUCAAGUUAAUAACACAAUCACCAACAUUUAUUUACAGGCAGCAAGUGGGAAACAUUACCUGCAGCAAGGUAUGCGGCACCUGACAUCAGUUCUCCAGUAUGCCAACACCAAACAAAUGGUUGCACAACUCUAGACAAGGGUUAUUGUUGCUGGAAUAACCAACCAUUCAGUUGUAUUAACCAGCCAUUCCUGGUGAAAUGUCAUGUUACUAUUUUUAAUUGACAUUGUUUAAUGAAAAUGGGAAUAUUGUCUGUGUAACUACCAUACUUUGAAAAAAUGAAUAUACAAAUUUCCAAUAUUUAUUUAGAGACAUGCAGAUAUUGAAUUUUGGGAAACUCUUGGAUAUGUACAGUAUCUUAUUGUUAAUCAUUAUUGUAUACUUGUACAAAAUUUCUGGAUAAUUUAAAGUUUAAUACUGUGGUUAAGGGACAAGACUCCAGAAAGUACUGGAAAGAUGAAACACGAGCAUAGCUCUCGUCCCAUAACUACACUGGUAAUUGCACUCGGACACACCACUCGGUCAGCAUUUUCCCUCACAUACUUCAUUCUUAUAUAUACAAAAUAUAUAUAGGGGUUAUAGAGGGUGUAACUUUCACAAGGCUACAGUAAACGGGAGAAUAUAGAUGACCAAGUAUAUAACAUAGAAAGAGGGUGCUGUGUAACAACAAAAACUUGAGAAAUUUGUCAAAUUGAAGUGAAAACUCUUCACCAUAUCAGUAGCUGGGUGCUGCCUCUUAACUGCUUGUUAUUUGCAAGCCUUUAUAUGUUAAAGGAUCCUGGGAAAAGAGACUUCUUCAUUUGUUUGGUUAUCAGAAGUGGAAUAUUGACUAAACAAUGACCGCUUCAAAAUAAUCGCUAAUCCCUAUUUUUUUUUUAAAUACAGUAAUUUUGUGUUUUUUUUUUUGUUAAUCUCAUGCCUGGAUAAGUGAUCAACACAUGGGAUUUUCUUGAAGGGAACAGCCUUAAUUACUAAUGUUUACUCAGUGAAGCGCUUCUGCAGGUCUAAACUCACAUGCUCAUCUCUCCUGAAGUGUUGCACUUAACAAAAUAUUGUUGUAAUAAAGGCGUGUCUUUGGACCAUGUUUCCAUCAGUGUUUGCCAACAUGUACUCUUUGAGUGUGAUAUCCAUGUUAUGUUAAAUAAUUUUAUAAAAGAAACAAGUUUUGUGUUCUAGAGUGAAACAAUGAUUUUUUACUUUUGCAUUUAAUAAAGGAUAAAACAUUAAUACGAAUAGCUUUGACAAAAGAAUUGUACACAUGAAAGUGAAAUGUUGUUUUUCACUUUCAGCUUCCAUGACAAUUACUUUUCUGACUAUAACUUUUCAGAACGAUUAAAGUUUCCCCAAGUUAUCUUUAAUCAUUAUUAAAAUAAAUUUGUAGUACAGGUAAUUGUAAAAAAUAUGAUAGAUGCACAGCAAUUGGUGAAUUGCUGUGUGAUUAAACAGGAUAUCACCUGCAGCUACUGUACUUUUUUACGUCGGAUAAAUUUUAUUAAAUCGCA